AUGUUUGCCUCUUGGAACAAAAUUCAAACACGUACACUAUCUGAAAAAAUAGAACAACAACAGUCUACCAUCUUGAACAAAUUGGUGUCCGAGGUAAAUGAGUUAAAUACACAAAACUCUGAAUUGAAUAAAUCCUUUCUUGAGGUAGAAAAAUUAGUAAAAUUCGUUAGUACACAAUAUGAUGAUAUUUCAAAAAAUGUUCUGGACUUGGAAAAUGGAAAUUCUUACUUAACGCAGAAAGUCAAGGCACUUGAAAAUUCCAUCAAAGAUCUACAACUUUUUUCUCGUAGCUCCACUAUAGAGAUCAGAAAUGUUCUCGUUAAAGACAAUGAAACACUUGACGACCUAGUAUCUGUUGUUACUGGAAUUGAAAAAAUAAUCGACGAAAAUAUAACUCCAACAGACCUCAGGGAUUAG